UUCCUGGUUACUUCUGAUGCUGCAGGCAGUGCAGUCCAGCCAGCCAGUGCUCAUGUCAAAAUGAAUGAAAUGUCCUCGUUUGGAAUCUGUUGAUGUUGAUAUUUCAUCGUGUAAUGCACGUUUUGUGAGAGGAAUGGAGGAGCCAAAAGAUGAAAAGACGCAUAAAGUCUUCAUUGAACGGCUGACGCUUGGUGUUACUAGAGUGCUUGAGAGUCUUCCUGGAGUAAUUGACGUACGUUUUGCUGAAAGGGAGCCUGCAGAGAAGCGGUGUUUACUGUCUUGGGAACAGAAAAAUGCAUGUACCCUUCCUGAGGACCUCAGAGAUUUUUACCUAACCACAGAUGGCUUCACUUUGAACUGGAGCUCUAAACUUGAAAAUGAGUAUGUAUCAGUGGGAUGCAUGGUGAUCAACAGUAUACUCAAGCUGCGCCAUCUUGGCCAGUCCACAGUCUUCUCCCUCCCCAACACGCCUACUAUUGCUGAUCUGGACUCUGAUGGAGAGACGGAAGAUGCUGAGAAUGGAAGAGAGAAGCCGCACUUUGACGAUCGCAGUCGCAUCUUUGAGCUCGAUCCAUGUGCGGGGAACGGGAAGGUGUGCUUGGUCUACAACAACUGCACAGAAGGUGAGGUAGCCCAGGAGUGUGACGUGUGGUUUCUGGAUCGCUCCCUCUACUGGCACUUCUUGAGCCCCUCCUUCACCGCAUACUACCGCCUCAUGGUCACGCACCUGGGCCUGCCAGAGUGGCAGUACAACUUCACCCCCUAUGGACCAAGCCCACAGGCCAAGCAAUGGGCUGCCCUCUACCAGCCCCUCACCUUCCAUUGCGACCCCCACCUGGACUCUGCAGGGGAGCCCCUCCUCAACAAGCUAGACCCCUCCAAAGCCUUCAAGGGGAAGGCCAAGCAGCCCGCGCCCAAGAAGAAGACCCCUGCCCAGACCUCCUCCAGCGGACCUGGGGGGUUGUCCAAAGGCCACACGGGGUCAGGCAGGCACAGUGCAAAGCGAUGAUCAGAGCAUGCACGCGGGAUAAGGGGCUGCACAUGACAUUUAAGCUGUUUGAACAUGCAAAGAAUGGAAUGUAUUUUUAAAAAAAUGACCGACUGGCUAAGUGACUGGACGUUCAAGGGUUUCAGUUUAAAAACGCAGCUUAGUAUCUGAUACAUAAUGACUUACAGUCAUGUUUGUGUUGGAGUCUUUAAGAGAUUCCUGUGUGCGUUUGUAGACACAGACAUAACCAAACAAAUAAGCGUUUUAUCAGUACCUAAUUGCUCCAUGUUGCUUGCUUCUCAUAAGCUGUGAGCACAAAUAUGUUUGUUCCUACACAUUUUAUGUUGUAUGCCGGUUAUUAUGUAUUUAUUAAAAAUUAUCAGGAUGUAUUAUC